UGUGCACCAGACUGCAUUACCAACAGACCAGACCUAAGCUCCAUCAGCAUCUGCCGAGAACAGCCUCACUUGGACCAAUCACGUGCCAUGGCGUCGGUAAGCACAGCCACCCUGCACGCCACUCUCUGGAACGAGACGAGCGGCACCAGCAGCCCGCCGACCACCACAUCGGCUCACCGGUACAUCGGCUUCCAGGUCCAACAGGUAUACCCCUUCCACGAUAACUGGAACACGGCGUGCUUCGUCAUCAUGCUUCUUUUCAUCUUCACAGUCGUCUCGCUGAUGCUCCUGGCCUUCGUCUACGAGGUGCUCGACUGCUGUUGCUGCGCCAAAGAUAAAACCCUGAGCGACCUGGAGAGUGAGCCGAGCCCCCUGAGAACCAUGAUGGACAACAUCCGGAGGCGGGACACCGAAGUAGUUUAGCGUCCGCCCGGGGCGGGGGGGGGGAUGCCAGACAGACCCAAGACAGCAUGUUGGCACAAAGCCUCCGAGCUCCGCUGAAGGGGCAGAGGGAGAAGUCCUGAGGUCCUGGCCCCACCAGGGCGACAUCUACCCCAGCCAAGCACGCCGGGGAGCCCGAGGGACCAACAGAGUCUCACCACCACCAACUCUUCAGUUAUCCUUUUGUAAGAAGAUGUCGUAGUGCAAGUUAGAUAUGUCUCUUUUGGAGUGGGUUUCACUGUAUGUAUCCAUGUAUAAAUACAGUUUUGAAAAUUCAA